AAUAGCAAAACAUUUGUGCGUGAAAGAGGGGAAAAGAUCAAAUAUACGAUUGCAUUUUUCAUUAUGGUUUUAUGAAGACUAUUUUUCUGAUUCAGUUUUUGUUCAUGUAUUUUAUUUUCAAAACUCAUCACAUGAUUACUAAAAUUAAAAUUGCAUGAUUUAAAUUUAUUAUCAUUAUCGAUGAUAUUUAGCAUUUGCAAAAGAAAUACUGUAAAGGUUGCAUUUCUUAUUCUAUUCUGCACUCUUGCGACAUUUGAAUGGAUUGAAUAUUCGUUGACACCAGUAAUGCUCUGGCCAAAAUCACUAAUAAUGGAUCAUCAUGAUGCUGUUAAACUUUUAAUUGUUGGCGAUCCCCAAUUGUUAGGAAAUAGAAAUGCUUGUCCAAACUUUUUUGGUUCUGUAUGCCGCUGGGAUGCAGACAGAUAUAUUGCUAAAACUUUUGGUCUUGCUCAUCAGUAUCUUAAUCCAGAUUUAGUCAUAUUUCUUGGGGAUAAUUUAGAUGAAGGAGAAAUUGCCAGUGAUGAAGAAUUUCAUGAAUAUUUUCAGAGGUUCAGAAAGGUUUUCCAGGACACAAACUUUGAUAAGGCAAUCAUAAUUCCUGGUGAUAAUGAUAUUGGAGGAGAAGAUGAAUCACCGUUGCCUUACUUAGAGAAGAGAUUUAAUAAAUAUGUCAAUGAUGAUAUUUUAUUCAAUUAUAAAUUUUUGGAAAUUGUCAAGAGACCUGGAAAGGCUUUGAAAAUGCUUGAUUUUUACUCUGCAAAGAGUGUAGGCAACCUGAUGCAAAUAGUCAACUACAUAACUCAUUCAAAUAGUUAUCUUGCUGCUUCAAAUACUAGUGAUUCAAGCUACAGAAUCAUUGUGUCGCAUAUGCCCUUGACGCCUGUGUAUAGUAGCUUUGUUAGCAGAGCUCUGCGUUACCUGCAGCCUCAUAUUAUUCUCUCCGCCCAUGAUCAUAAGUCUGUUCAUUUGACUGCUGAUAGACAUACUGGAAUCCAACUGCCUUAUCCUGUUACAGAUUUAAGUGGAUGUUUAUUCAAUGUUACCGAGUCUUUUGUUCAUGAAAUCAUUGUGCCUACUUGCUCAUACAGAAUGGGAACUCACAAGAUGGGUUACGGUGCUUUAAAAAUCGAUAGCAGUGGCAAAGUACUUUAUUCUGUUCUACCUCUGCCUUCACGGUUCCGACAAAUAUAUACGUACUUAUUUGUUGUUAGUGUUAUCUUUAUCUAUGUUUUAUUAUCACUUGCAUUGGGUGUUAUUAAAAUAAGUUCUCAAAGAAGUUUCUCCCGUUUUAGCAAGCAUAGUAGAUUAAUCUUCUAACACCUUCUAGUCUAGGUCCUUUUUUAUUAAUAUACUGUGAUGAUAUCUUUAGCCGUUUGAAAAAUGUUUUGGUUAUUAUAAUUUUAGUGUGUAGCAUACUAUUCUUUUUAUUAGAAAAGAUUUUAAAACCCAAGUUCCAACUGAUUUUUAUUUUUUACUGUACUACAGUAGAUUCCUGAUUAUUCAGACCUUGAUAAUGCAACCAAAUCCAGAAAACUUACGUUUCGGCAGGACAAAAAAAAAAAAAAAAAAAAAAAACUGCAUGAAAAACGUAUUGCUGACACAUUCCCUAUAACCCGUAUUGGCAUAAAUUCAGGCAUAUUUGAUUCCUAUUUAAGCUGACUUUUAAGGAUUCUGCUGUGCUAGGUCGGUAAAAGGGUACAAAACAUUAACAUUAUCAUAGUUCUACGAUCUGAAAGCUUAAAUUCUUCUCACGCUUUUAAUUUUGCUCUCCAAAUAUUUUGUAUGCAUAAGACAGCAUUUUUGGAAAACAUGAUGUAUAUUUUCCUAAAAAAAAGUUAGCAACAAAUGUGUAUUAUGUAAUUACACAUACAUUUACUAAAUAAGUAAACCUUAAUUUUUAUUAAAUUAUACUGUAGCAAAUGUAUAUUUUCUCUGAGAAAAUAUUUCUUGUACGCUUAAUAGUUAGACAAAUAUUCUGGAUCACAAUGUUAAUUGGAUAAUAAAAAAUUGACCGAUAACAAAUUAAUGUAUGGCAAACUUUAUAACAUGAAGUUUGGUAUUUAAGAGAGGAACAAACUUGGAGAGUGUUCAUUUUAUGUAUAUGAAAUUCUUUAACUUUUUUUUUUUGUCAAUUGUAAAUUUUAAAAAUACAUAAUUUUAAGUCUGAUUUAUAUUUUUGAUCAAAACUGUUUGAUAUAGAAGAAAUACAACCCAGGAGAAUAUAUAUCUACUCUACAAAAGGUAGCAUAAGUGGAAUCAUUGAAACUUCGUUUCCCUUUUGUUUGUGAUCAAACUUGCUGAGAAAUUGAGAAAAAAUUGUGCAUCCUGCAAAAAAAAAAAAAAAAAAAAAAGCUAGAAAUUGAUAUUACUCUUAAGAAAACAUAUCUUUAUUAAUUAUUGUUGAUAAAAUUUGUAAUAUGAAACAUUGAAAUAAUAAUUGUGACAUCUUUUAUAUAUUGUUAUUAAUGUAUGGAAAGUAAAUUAAUGUUACUAUACAUUGCCUAAAGUAGAGAGUGUUCAUAGAUUUAGCUUCAAUCUGGGUUCCCAAGAGUACUUACUCAUCUGUGAGAAGUACAACUUUUAAAAGAUAUUUCACACAUAAAAAUAUCAAUGUGGGAAAUUCUUGUGAUUUUGUCAUGUUUAUUAAAUUAAAUCACAGUAGGCCAAAAAGGGGGAAAAUAUGUAAAAGGAAAAAUGCAUCUUUAAAAAUGCUAAAAAAGCAGGGCUGGCAAUUUUUAAAACUCUGACUAUGUCAAUAUUAAUCCUCUCCUUUUUAUCAUUUUUCCUUUUUUGAAUCUCUUCCAGCCUCCAACUUAUCCUACAGUUAUGUCCAUCGAUCUAUUAACAAUUGCCCAAAGUGAUUAAUUAGUUCAGUAAAAGCUUGAUUUCCCAUAUAAUAGGAGAAGCACCAUGCAAAUUCUAGCUUGAUAUAAAUGUACUGAUAUUACAAAAGUCAUAGUUUCAAAAAUGAACCAUUCCCACCCAGUAGUACAAAAAUUGUACUUUAUUGUUCUAGACUUUAUUUGUUACACAGUAGAAGACCGUCAUCAUGAACGCCUCGGAAGCACAGCUUUUGCCUUAUACAGGUUUUCAUGUAAUAUACAUACAGGGAUCGCGCUAAGGAUUUCGAAUCGUUCGCCAGUAAAUUCGCCAAAUUUCAAAAGUUUUAGUCAAAGACUAACUUUUACUCAUUUUAAAUGUAUUUUUGUCUGCAGAAAUAUUUAAUCAGAAAGUGAAAUAUAACUUAAUUUUCGACAAUUUUUUGAGGAUAAGGGCAGGGGUAUAUCCAGGAAUUUUUGCCCGUUUUUAGGAAUUUGGUGAGGAAAAAAAAUGCAAAUUAAGUAGUUACUUUUAUCACAAAUCAUAUCUAAUUUUUCAAAGGAAAAAAUGGCUAAAAACAACUUCAAGUGAUAUUUAUCAUUCUUUAAUAAAUUUCAGAGUAGAAAUAAAAGCUUUUAACGAAGUAAAGACUGCAUUCCUGUCUUACUCCGAUGUUUCAGACAUUGAACACAAUGAAGCAAACGCGCCAUUCAACAAGGCAUCCGCCAACACUCUACUCGGUAGCCACGCUGCGCACUCGAUAUCCAAUCAGCGAGAGGCGCAAGUACAGUGACGCAAAGAGGCGAGAGGCAAACGUCAUCCUUUCUCCGAUCCGAUGGACGGUAACGCUCCGAUCCAAUGCUAACACGCAUGCGCGCACCUCAAUCUGCUCGGAGUGCUCCGAGGAUAAAACAACUUUCAGUGAUUGCUAUUCUGGGAGUUUUGUGAAAGGUUCGUUUUUAGGGGUCGGAAUUUUGUGAAGGGUCCGGUUUUAGGGGUCCAAAUUUUGUGAACAGACUUAAUUUUUUUCUAGAUUGACUUCUGAAGGGAGAUUUUUUUUUCCUCUGUGUAUAUUUUAGAGAAUUUUCUGUUCGCCAAUUAAUUCGCCAAAUUCGAAUUUUGUUCGCCGAUUUUACGAUUUUAUCGUAUUUGGCGCAUUGGCAAAUGCUUAACACGGUCCCUGUACAUAAUUUCACAAGUUUUCAAACUAAUAUUCAGAAUAUAUGUUUGCACUUCAGAAUGAGUUUUAACUGCAAUGAGUGUUAAAACACUAAUUAUUCAAUAUAAUGUAUAUAUUGUCAAUCACAAAUAAAUAUAUAUCACACUCAAAAGAAAAUGAAGUAUCCUGCACUUCUGCUAGCUCCAUUGUUUGCAUAACAGCUGUAUUUUCAAAAGCAAAAUAAUAUUUUGGUAGAAAUUGUCAUGUGACAUUAGGUGUUUUUUUCUCUCCCCCAAGAAAUGACGGGAUACUUAAGGUAGCCCAUGCAGCGCUGGGCCCGGAUUUUUGGCGAAGUACACUGCUUGACAAUUGCUAAGGAACAAUUACGUUUUUUGGAAUAGUUAAGAAUAGAUAAUGAUUAAAGAAACAGAAUGAAAUAUAUAGUUAGUAGGGAGGAUGUGCCUUUAUUAUCAGUACAAAAUAAUACAGAUAUUACUUCAUCAAUGAAGAAAAAACUUAAAAAUAAAAAAAAUAAUCCUACUUAAAUGAUUUUCAUACAACCACAAAAAAUGAUCAAAGUCAGAAUGAUGCAGACCAGAGUACCUUAAUAUGAUGUAUGAUUAUCAGGGACAGUGAUGCACAAUUUACAUCUGUUUUCCAUACUCCCCACUAAUCAUUGAGGAGUGCUUGGGGGGUGUUUUUCCCACUCCUCUCUCAAUGCGGAUUUGAGUUCUUGUACUGUUCUGGGGGGGACGGUUCUUCGCUCAACACGUCUGCCAAGAGUCUCCCAGGCAAGUUCAAUAGGAUUUAAGUCGGGGAAAGUAAGCAGGCCACUGCAUACAGAGAAUGUUUUCACUUUUCAGUGUGUCUGACACUUCAAUGCUCUCGUGUGGCCAUGUAUCGUCGCCCGUAAAGAGAAAGUAUGGACCUACAGCCCCCCUAAAAAGACGAACAUGGUCCAGCAUAACAUAUCUGCAAUACAUUUGGGACGUAUCGCUUUCUUAUUCAAAAAUGUGAAUCGGUGUUCCGCCAUUGUGCAUGAUACCUGCCCACACCAUGACGCCUGGGCCGUACCGAUCACGUUCGCAAACAAAUUUUUAUGCGUAACAAGUUCCACGCUCUCUCCACAGUAGUCUGUGAUUAGAAUCACUCGUCACACUGAAACGAGAUUCGUCAGAGAACAUCACUCUAGACCAAUUUUGAUGAUCCCACCAACAUAUUCUUUACACCAGCGUAAUCUCUCUCGAAAAUGGCAUAAUUGAACUUAGAUGCAACGUAUGGGCUUCCUUGCAUACAAACCGACAUUAUUUACUCGCCGUGAGAUGGUUCUUGCAGAAACAUGCGUACCGGUAGCAGUUGUUAGACUUGCAGCUAUCUGUCCAAGAGUGAAAUUUCUGUUCCUUUUUGCCACGAGGGCUACAUAGCGAUCCUCUGAAGGUGUCCUCCGCAUUUCCCGUUUCAAGCAUGACAUAGUGUUUAAAGCAGUUUUUAAGACAAGUGGUUUUCGUUUUUUUUAAUUGAAUUUUAUGAAAAAUACCAAGCUGCUCCACAAAAUUUCAAAAUGCUUCUUAAAAUCACCACAGAUGCUCCUCAAAUUGUUUCUCCAAGGUUGGCUCACAGACAUAUACUGAAUCCUCAUUGCUUGGAAAAUAACAUAUCAAAAUUUAAAGAAAAUAAAUUUGCUGCUGCCACUGCUUAGAUUAUCUGGAAUUUCCCAAAAUCAUUUAAGCUUCAACGGAGUAUAAAAUGCAUGCAUUCCAAAUAAACAUGGGAUUUUUUCCAAUGUAUUAUAACCAUAAACGUCAACAAGAAAGCUUCCUCUGGUCUGAUUUGUUUAUUUCUUUCUGUUGCCUUGCGAAAUGUGGUGUUGUACGUAAUUGAUUGGUUAGAGAAUAUGUAUAUAUUAGGGUGGUCCUUAUUUAUAUGGGGAAAAAAAAUUCAGAAUUCAACAAGUGACGCCCCCUAGUUUUGUGACACUGUGACAUUAUAAUAAAAAGUAACGUGUGCAAAAUUUGAACUCGAUCAGUCAAUAAUAACACGUGCCCUUAGGCCGUUGAACUUUUUAACAAUUUGAUAAUUUUCCCAUAAAUCUUCGAGUUUUUACUUCAGACCCAGUACAUCGUUUCUCCUAGGUUUGCAAAAUAUUUUUACAGUGAGGUAGCACUAAAAUUAAUCUUUUUAAUUACUUUAUAUCAUCUAAAGAUUUUACGUAAAAUAAGAAUGAAAUAAUGCUUUAGAAAUGUUCCUUAAUCAUACGCUUUUUUCCAUGUAUCUCGAUAGUGUGUAUUUUUUCCACUAGUCUUGGACGGUCUGUAAAAUCAAUUGUUUUUGUGACUCAUAUUUGGUAAAUUAGUUGUGAAAUUCUUCGAUUAAUUGUGCUCCUCUUUCAAUUAUAUCAUUCACAAUUUUCAGUAUUUUAACGAUCUCUCUUCCCAUUAAAUAGCUUCCUUCAUUUUGCCGUGAAUCAGGAUCAAAUAGAAAAAAAUCUUUUAGUAUUUGUAACAUAUCCCCAAACAGUUUUAUUGACUCGUAAUUGAUUCUAUAAAGAGGAAGAUCUUUACUAAAAUAGUAUUCCAAAUCAUCUACUGUUAUCUAAAAUUGGUUAAACAGUCAUCAGACACGUCUUCCUUAUCACAAGCAUUUUUCGGACUAGUCAUUUCCUAUCUUCAAAGUUAAUUCCUUCAUCUAUUACCGCAAAGCUACUAGUUUAUCCCCUAGAUACCAUAAGUGAUUUAUGAAUUUUCCAAUCACUGCUUCUGCUGCAUGUUUUUCAUCAUUUUGUAUGCUGUUAGUUUUUCAGACAUAUUAUAUUAUUCAAAGGAGCCUCGAUUGAGUGGCUGCGAAAAACCAUAUCUUCAUACAGCAUUUAACUGUAAAACAGCUUUGUAAAACAGCAUUGAAGGACUUUCUUUUCAUGUAAGGUCAAUUUAAAUUGUUUCCUAAAUAUAAAAAUUUUCAAACAAAAAUUCCUUUUCCCACCUAUGUGGCUCAGGGAUAAGCUCCAGGUUGCCGAAAACAUAUCCCUGUAGGAGGAAAGAACAUUAAUAUAUCAUCAACAUCGUCUUUUAAAAUUUAAGUGGUAUGUGUACUUGAUUGAAAUGUUAUAAGUUCUGAAUGAUGGAGAUCUUUCCACAAAGUUUUGAAGCGCUUAAAUAAUUGAAUAUCUGAUCUAGAACUAAGAAAGGCAAGAACUUCUUUAAGGACUCACUCUGCAGUACGAUUUCAAGUGCAUGAUGAUGGCAAUCCAAAUGUAAUAUAUCACCAUUCAGUUUUUGUUCUAAAAAAUUGCAUGCACAAUUUAUACGGUUGAUAUUGCAAGUCGUUGUAUCAAACACUACAGCUACAGCAGUUAGCAAUAAAGUGCUAUCAUCUAAGAUAGCAUAUACAACUGAAGAAAUAUGUAAGGAAUUCCGAGUAGCUGUUCAAUAUUAGGACCUGAAGCUAUCACGGUAAUCCAGUCGGUGUUCUUUUUCCAGUUACAUCUGAAUGUAGCUUUGUAUCCCAGUGAAUAACUACAAAAUCUAAAUUUAAAUUCAUGAAAUUUAAUUUUACCUCUCGAAGAUUUUCUCUUGCUCUUUUAAGGAAUGUACGAUUGAUCACUAGGUCAUUUGGAUUUAAAUUUACUGCAUCUACAUAGGCUGUAAAUAAAUGAAAAACAUCUUUAUCCCUAAUAUGGCAUUUGUCUAACAGUGAUGAAAGGCGAGAUGAUAUCAAUAGUUGGCAAGCUUUUUUACAUUGUGGUAGACCAGCUGUACAAAACAAAAGUUCAACAGGUUGGGAUAGAUACCCAUUUCGUUUUCUAAAUCUUGUGAAUCGCAAGAAUUUGAUGAUAAUAAAGGACUAUGUAUUGAAAUAGAAGAAAAUUAAUUUAUAGAUUUCUACAUUGUUCCAAUCUGGAUAUUUUUUUAAUUUUAGCCACUUUAAUUUUAUAUUUUGGCUUUAUAAAAUACGGUAUGUUUUUAUGUUAGGAGUAAUCGAGGAUUUUUCGAAAUUUAUACCUUAAAAAUUAAAAACUGCAUAAGCAUUUAGGUAUGUUUAUAACUAAAGAACAGCGAAUUUAAAUAUAAUUGCAAUUACAUAUAUUUAUAGCAUUGAAACCUUGCGAUUCUAUUUGCCACACCUAUUCCACACAGGGAAUUUUGUAAAUCAACACCCCAAAGACUGGAGGAGGCAAUUUGUUGUUGUCAAAGAUCAUUCAUUAAUGGCCUAGGUCAUUCAUUAACGGCCUAUAGAAUACCCUGUGUUCAUCAUGGUGGGAGGAAACGUUCCCCUGCCGCUUGGUUGGAACAAGCGCAGAAAAGCGGUACGUUUGACCCAAGGCCAUUGGUGUACAUGUACUCUCUGUAACAUGUGAAAUUUUGCAGAAUGAAAGUGAGAGAAUGGUCAGUCUAGAAGUAGCAGCACCUAUUGAGGUUCAAAAUUACUUUAAAUAUAAAACGUUAGAAUAUUUUUACAUAAAAAUUAGAAAAUCCGCAAUUUUUUCUUCGAAACUCAAAAAAGGGGGCCCUAGGAGCAGGUGUUAAUAUUCAUGGAUUUACUUAACAUUUUACAAAGAAUCAUUUAUUUGUAUAAUGGAACAAAUUGAGGGGGCGUCGCGUAAAAUAUCUGCAACUUCAAAAAUAAGGACCACCCUAAUAUAUAUAUAUAUAUAUGUAUAAAAUUUAAUAUUGACUUUACUAAGAAACUUUUGAAAUAAUAGCUAUAAUUUAAUAAAUUGACGCAAUGCCAAAAAAAAAAAAUCACUGAUCCACUAAGAAAAUUUUUUUAGAGACUAUCAUUAAUGUAAGUCUGCACUGUAGUACAUUCAAAUAUGUAUGUUAUAUAUUGAUAAAAAGUUCGAUGUUUCAAAACAUCGAGGUUUUUUGGUCAAGGUAUCAAUACCAUCGAUGUUUUAGUUUUGACCAUCGAUGUUAUGAAACAUCAAUGUUUUGCCAUCGAUGUCCCACCUCUACUCUAAAUUCGUACAUAUCAUGAAAACAGCAACAGAAGCGAAAAUGGGCUCAUAUAUAUCUUCCUGUAAAUUUUACCACAGGCAAAGCCGUGGCAGGUAUUGCUAGUCCCUGUAUAAAAUUUCACUAAUGCAAAAACGGGGAGUGGUAAUACUUCAUCUUUAAACGUUGUAUCUUUCAUAUAAAAAAGUUUUUCAAACAUUCUCUCGAGUUUGAACAGUCUCACUCUAAUUUCAACCAGCUGGGAAGAUUUUCUCACCCAUUUUCUCCCCCUCUAAUGGGAACCCUGCUUCUGAAGAGCAUUUAUUAAUGUUGUUAUUAAAUAACUUAUAAAUAAAAAGGUUGUAGAAAAAGUUAGUUUUUAACAUUUGAGCUUUAUAUGUGAUACUGUAACUAUAUUUGUAUUUUUGAAGAUAAAUGAAUCUCAUGUUUUUUUAUAAAAAGGAAUCUCAUUUUAUUUUUGUACUUGAUAGAAAUGAAGUCUGAGCUUAAUGUAUUUGAAUUCAUUUAAGUGAUUUCUGUAAAACCUAUAAAUUGUUUUAUGUUUCCAAAAUUACAAAUAUGGUACUCAGAGUAGAAAAUAAUGAUUGAAAUUAAGAAUAAAAAAGUAAAAUUUUAAGCAUGCCUGCAAUUUGUCUGUUUUUUUCAUAUUCAAUGGUUCAAAAGUUAUACUGAGUUAGACAAAGUUUGUUUUAGUAAAAAGUAUGUCAACUAAUAUUUUCUAAAAACCGUGUUUUAUUUACAAAUCCAUGCAUCUUUACACUUUGAAAUUUAUUAUUGUGUUGAACACUAACUUACUAAUUAUCUUCACUUAGUGAUUAAAAUGUUGCAAACAGUAAAAUAAUGCUAAUUCUUUAUUAGUGAGUUAGAUCAUCAUUUACAAAGUUUUAUAGAAAUUGAAAUACACAAAUCACAUGAGUUAACCUCAUGUAUUGUUCUGUGUUUCACUGAGAAAUUCUAGGCAUCUAGGUCACAAAACAAAAACAUAGUGAAUUAUAAAAAUUCAAAACUUUUAGCAUUUUCCAAUAGUGGUUUUGGAUUUAUAAUGUUUUUUCAUUAUUAGUGUUUUUGGAUUCCCCCUUUUACACAGAUACCAACAUUUUACUUCUUGAUAUGGCAAAUGUAAAAAAAAAGAACUUCUCUUCUCAUCAGGCAUGCUAAUAUUGACAUUAUCAUAUGUGGCGUACGUCAGAGAGCACAUAACCUACCUUUGCCCCCAAACCUUGAGGUCUUUUUGGUUCAGUGGUUAAAGCACUGGGUUAGCAUCACAAAGGUCCGUGGUUCAAAUCCCGACCCGGACAAUCAUCAUCCACGUCAUGGUGAUCCAUACGCCACAUAAUGAUGGCCCAGCAUCUCAACAGAUGGCGCCAUGUAACGUAUCGUUAGGAAUAUGCCAUGGACCCUUCAUUCCUCGAGCACUGAGCAACUUGCUCAAGUCGUCCGCCCGACUCCGGAUUGCUCAUAUAAUUGCAACAGCACAACUACAGCCAGAACGACCGGUUUGUCAGCUCCCCGCAUCUGAUAAUUAAUUUUAAAAAAUCGAAUUGCUCUCUCGCUUCCCUGCUCCAUCACUUAGUGGGGGGAGUAAUGUGGUGUAUGUCAGAGAGCACAUAACCUAACUUUGCCCCCGAACCUUGAGGUCCUUUUGGUUCAGUUUUUAAAUCACUGGGUUAGCAUCACAAAGGUCUGUGGUUCAAAUCUCGACCCGGACGAUCAUCAUCCACGUCAUGGUAAUCCUUACACCACACAUAUAUAUAUUUUUAGUACCUUGUGAUAUGAAAAUGAGGGUAAAUGUAUAGUGUAACAUUUCUAACCAUGAUACUGAUACACAUUAAAUAUUUUUAUAGCUGAUUAUAAUAUUCUAUCUUACCGUUUUCAGAGGUUGUGCAAAUUGCAAAGGUGGUGAUUUAUUGUAAAUAAUUAAAUAUGUUUCCAUUAAUGCAGUAUUUAAUAUGAAAAAAGUAAUUUUAUUUAAAUUUCUGUUGCAAUUGAAAUGUAAUUGAGAGUGAAUAA